AUGACGGACAAGAAACCCCUCUCUACCCAACAGGUUGUGGGACAUAAUACACCCGAAGACUGUUGGAUCGUAGUAGACAAUCAUGUGUGGGAUGUGACGGACUUUUUGGAGGAACAUCCGGGUGGCUCUGCGAUCAUUCUGAAAUACGCAGGCCGCGAUGCCACCAAGGCGUACUCCGAGGUCCACACCCCCAGCGUACUCAAGUCCAACCUCCCUUCAGACAAAUACAUGGGAGUCCUCGACGAGUCGACGAUCGACGACGAAUGGACCAAGCAACCACCGAGUGAGAAUCCACAGGUAGUCCUGGAGAACGAGAAACCGCCGCUCCACACCCUGAUCAACUCGCAUGAUUUCGAAUUUGUAGCUUCAAAGACAGCCAGUAAGAAAGCCUGGGCGUUCUACCACAGUGCGGCAACAGAUCUUAUCACCCGGGAUGCCAACAAGUCCUGUUUCGACCGGAUAUGGUUCCGACCCCGAGUGUUGCGGAAUGUCCGCUCCGUUGAGCCAAAGACCACGAUGCUCGGAGUGGACUGCAGCUUCCCCUUAUUCGUGAGCCCGUCUGCGAUGGCCAAGCUUAUCCAUCCCGACGGAGAAUGUGCCAUCGCUAGGGCCUGCGCCAGCAAAGGCAUAAUGCAAGGAGUCUCGAACAACUCCUCCUACACCGUAGACGAGCUCACAAGCGCCGCACCAUCAGCAAGCUUCUUCUUCCAGCUCUACGUCAACCGAGACCGCGAAAAGUCCGCCGCGCUCCUCCGCCAGUGCUCCGCCAACCCCAACAUCAAAGCGAUCUUCGUAACAGUUGACGCCGCCUGGCCCGGCAAGCGCGAGGCCGACGAGCGGGUGAAAGCCGACGAAAGCCUGUCAGUACCAAUGGCGCCGUCCACAGCGUCGAACGACAAGAAAGGCGGCGGCCUGGGCCGCGUCAUGGCCGGAUUCAUCGACCCGGGGCUCACAUGGGAGGACCUAGCUUGGGUUCGGAAACACACGCAUCUCCCUGUGUGUUUGAAAGGCGUCAUGUCGGCGGACGACGCCAUGCUUGCUAUGCAGGCUGGGCUGGACGGCAUCUUGCUCAGUAACCACGGCGGACGCAACCUGGACACCAGUCCGCCUUCCAUCAUCACGCUCUUGGAACUCCACAAACGCUGCCCGGAGGUCUUUGACAGGAUGGAAGUUUACGUAGACAGCGGCAUUCGUCGGGGUACCGACAUAUUGAAAGCUGUGUCUCUCGGCGCGACCGCCGUCGGCAUGGGACGCAGCAUGCUGUUCGCGACGAACUACGGCCAGGAGGGGGUGGAGCAUUUAAUUGACAUCAUGCGCGACGAAUUGGAAACCGCCAUGCGCAACACGGGCAUCACCACACUAGACGAAGCCGGUCCGCACUUGGUCCAUACAGGCGAUGUUGAUCACCUUGUUCCUGACUCGGCGAGACAUCCUUAUGCGUUUAAGACAGCGAAGAGCCGACGCAACCUGGGCUUUUCGAAGCUUUAA